CAGCUUCCCGUUCUCUCAAAACUGAAGUCUGCUGUUUUUCUGAAGCUGCCAGCUGAAAAACGAGGAGAGCAAACACAGACUCACAACCCUGGGGGGCUGGAUUCCAGCGGCCACCCGCCAAGGGGCUCCAUGCCAGCAACACCGAGCAUGUGGGUCACUCUUGUCACGCUGGCCAGGAUGAUUUCUUUUGUCUGUAGUUAUUCAUAUUCAGCAAAUACUUUGCCAGAUAUCGACAAUGAAGACUUCAUCAAAGACUGUGUUCGAAUUCAUAACAAGUUCCGAUCAGAGGUGAAUCCAACAGCCAGUGAUAUGCUAUACAUGACUUGGGACCCAGCACUAGCCCAGAUCGCAAAAGCAUGGGCAAAACACUGUCAUUUUGACCACAACCCACAGCUGAAGUCACACAAGCUGCACCCAAACUUUAACUCGCUGGGAGAAAAUAUCUGGACUGGGUCUGUGUCCCUGUUCUCAGUGUCUUCAGCCAUCUCAAACUGGUACAGUGAAAUUCAAGCCUAUGACUUCAGUACUCGGAAAUGUAAAAAGGUCUGUGGCCAUUACACUCAGGUUGUUUGGGCUGAGAGUUACAAGGUUGGCUGCGCAGUUCAAUUUUGCCCUAGAGUUUCUGGCUUUGACAGUCUUUCCAACGGAGCACAUUUUAUAUGUGACUAUGGACCACCAGGAAAUUACCCAACUUGGCCUUAUAAAAAAGGAGCCACGUGCAGUGCCUGCUCCACUAACGACACGUGUUUGGACAACCUCUGUGUUAAUCCACAGCGAGACAAAGUCACACGUUACUACUCUACUGUAUAUCCAAGCUGGCCCAUAUACUCACGUAACCGAUACACAUCGCUCUUUCUUAUUGUUAAUCCACCAAUUAUACUACUGUCUGUUAUAAUUACCCUUUGGGUAAAACAUAAAUACCCUAAUUUAGUUCUUUUGGAAUAAUACAAUGGAGAGAGAACUUCUUAACUCAUUUAUGCCCAAGACUGAAAGGUUCUGAAUUUCUGCGUGAAAUUCAUGUUACUAGGAAAAUUUCAAAGAAUAAGAAUUUGGAAACAUUUUAUGAUGUUCUGUUGUUAUGGGCAUUCUAAAAACAGAUUUCUAGGCAAUGAAGGGUUAGUAUGUGGCCUUUUUAAAACAGUAACAUCUGGUGUGCUUCUAAUUUAAAAUGUGUCAAAAUAAAAUAUGGUACUGCAGUA